UCUCUCUCUCUCUCUCUCUCUCUCUCUCUCUCGUUUUGUGGGUUAUGUCUUGUCUCUAACCAUUUUUCUCGUAAACAAUUCUUGAACAUGUCUUCCCUCCGACCAUGAACUCGUGCACGACAGAUCUCAUGCCACAAUAGAAGCUGGAACAACAUUUUUGUCCGAACUUGUUCGAUCCAUCUGAUCACAUCACGUCGAGAGACUCGUGGAUUGGAGUCAUGAUCCAGAACAUGGAUGAUAGCAACAACGAAGAGAAGAUCUCUCUCUCUCUUCUCUAUUGAAAUCUUGAUUUUGGGUCUGCGAUCGAGAAGAACAACAUAAAUGCCAAUAGGAGACCCGAGGGCAGGGAGGGCGUUCAUAUGGCUUGUUGCUUCCUUCAUAUUGCUAUGCUUGGCCAUCGGUGGCGGCUUCCUCAUAAGGUACAUGAGCCUCCCUGAAUCCACAUCUUCAAGUUGGCUCCUCUACGCCGGGAUGAUCUUGGUGGGCUUUCCCUGGUUAUUCUGGCUUCUCACGUGUGGUUAUCGAUGUAUUUCUCGAAUAUGCGGUUUUCGAUUUGUUUGUGGUGGUGGCGAUGAUGGCGGCUCGAACCACAAAACGGCAUCCGGGUCCAUAAAGGUCGGCAGCUCUCAUGUGGAUUCUCCUGGAAAUGGUGGGAAGCAGGUGCAUUUCGGAGCGGCCGUCGUAGUGAACCAAAAUGAUCACAACGACCAAGAUGGCAACUCGUUCCAUGAUGUGUCCAUUAGAUCGCACGAGAGCGAAAUCCCGCUAGCUUCAUCGAUGGCAUCUUGAAUGGGAUGAUUAGAUCAACGGGAAAAAAAAAAAAUCUGCCGAUUUCAGCAUUACGAUCGACUCUAGACUAGGAGUACCGAUUACAAAUCUAGAUACGCACCGGGACAUGGAAGAGGAGAUUUCUCGAAUUCGGCGACAUAUUCCGCGAGAAGAUGAGUGAAUUCCAUCACUUGAGGUUUGUCAAUUUUUCGAACUUUUUGCUCGUUAUGUACACAUGCUAUAAAGAGAAUUUUGUAAGUCGUAGUAACAAACAGCCCAUUUCAAAGUUCAAACAGAUCAUACGUUGUAUAAAAGUUGUCCGAGGAUGAUCACUUGGAAAUAGAACUCUCA